AUGCUUCUUGGCAAUCUGUUGAAACAAAAUAAUAUUUACUAUGAAGAAGCGUGCACUGGAAUCGGGGCAACCAAAAAAGUUAAGAAAAAAAAUGAUAUGAAUCGACCUUUUAAAGUUAUUGCUUUAGAUGGACGCAUGCCUGAUCUUAAUGGGUGAGACGCAAGCAGAGCAAUAAUUAAGAUGUAUUUUGAUGGGGAAAUUAAUGCUUUGCCUGCUAUGAUUGGAUAUACUGCACUUAGCUCUGAGGCUGAUAUUAAGAUAUGCUUGGAGUCUGGAAUGCAAGAAUGCUUAGUAAAACCUUGUAACCGGAGACAUUAG